GACACUUCAAUACAAUGUAUAGAUAAUUUGAAUGAGAGCCAAAAUACAAUUGAGACACAAGCAGAUGUGAUUACACAUGAGACAUGUCAAAUGGAGUUUGAUGGAAGUAAUAUUUUCUCAGAUUCAGAAACAAUUGAACUGCAAUCUACACAGGCCAUUGGAAAGUCAAUGAAGAAUGUUAGAUAUAGAAUAAAAGUGGUAGACAAUAUGACAGCAAAACCUAAAAAUGUGGAACGCGUUAUUCCAUCAAUAUCAACAUAUUCAAACUUCACCUUUGAGAGAAAUGGAAUCAGAGUAUGGAAGGCAUACAAUAUUGGCCAAGGAUGUCUUAUUUCAAACAUAUCCACAGUGGAGUCAAUUAAACUCCAAGUGAUUGAAGAUUCGGAUCACAUAAACUUCCAUGAACUGAAACAGAAGAUAAAUGUACCUGAAACAGAUUCUGAAGAUGUGGUGAUUUGCUCAACUGAGGGUUGCACAAAAACGUUUGCAAGCAAUGAAGAACUAACAAAUCACUUGUAUUCUGAAAAAUGUACACUUGUAUUUGAUCAAAAAUCCAGUUGCAGCUCUGAUAUUUCCAAAGUUAAAUACCUUGAAAAGGUUGCUGAAUCAAGUGUAAAUAAACAACUAAUGAUCAUGCCAUCUGCAACCAAACUAUCAACAUCUGAUUCUGAAUUGGACAUGGGUUGGGCGUUGAAAGAUGAGAGAAAAAACAAGAGGUUUAACAAAAAUCAAACUGAUUAUCUAAAUGAAAAAUUUAAUAAAGGACAAAAAAGUGGUAGAAAAGAAGACCAAUACAGUGUGUCAGAAGCAAUGUUGAUCGAAAAAAAUGAAGAUGGCACUAGGCGUUUCCUCUAUAGUGAAAUACUCUCUGUUCAACAAAUUACAAGUAAUUUUCCCGUUUAUGUAGAAAGUUGAAGCUUGACGAAUCCAGUUCUGAUGCAGUCAGGGAGGAAACCAUCAACAAUUUGACUCGGCAACUCAAUUCAGACAAUUUUAUUGUGUUAUAUAUUAUAAUUAUAUUAGUUCAUACUAGUCAUCACUUAUUAUUCCUUGUCUGUCCUUCCAUUAUCCGUUCGUUAACAUUUCAUAUUUUUAUCUUCUAUGUGAUAGCCUCUAAACAUAAUUAAACAGAGCUUUUUUUAUCCUGUAAAGAACCUCUGUAGGAAUUGAAACCAAACUUAGUGUAUAUGUUCCUAUCUAGGUCUUGAUCAAUAUAUAUAUAAUAAUUAUUAAUUUGAUGACGAUCAGAAAUCCAAAAUGGCUACCAAAUAAUCUAACUCUAUGAAUUUUUCAUUAUCAAAUAAUCAAUCAAUCUAAAGGGGUAGUUUAUGCAGAAUUCGUGUUAACAACUGAGUUAUAUGAUGCAACAGUGAUAAUAGGUCCUUGGCCAGUAGGUCACAUAAUAUAGUGUGAAGCUGUAAAAGUAGGGGGUGUCUGGGUCUAAAUGUUCCAUAUUAACAAUUUAGGCUGAUAUUGUACAUAAAAUUCUUGCCCCUUAUGAAUUAAAAAAAAUUGGGA